GUAGUUGUCACAUUCAUUCUUCGCGCGCCGUUACUAUCGCAUUGUUUGCCAAGUAUUACCGCCAAGUCCAACUGUUUUAAUAUUUCUAAAUAAUUCGUUGAUUUCUUUUUUCUUUGGAUUUGCGUUCGCUUUUCUAUUUGUUUUUAUACGAAAAAAUGAGAAAGAGAGAAAAAGAGAGAGAGAGAGAGAGAGAGAGAGAGAGAGAGAGAGAGAGAGCAAGAUAAGCGUCAACAAUCGAGUGGAUUUGUAGAGACAUAGAAAUUGUGUCCUUUUGGUGUGGUAGACGAAACACGUGUACCUAUCGCAUAAACCGCGUGCUCCAUGCAACGUGAAAGGAUUUAUUUAAUAAUUAUCCAUGGAGGAACUAUAUUUGUGGUUAUUGUCCCCCAACAAGGAACCUACUUGAAUCGUUAUCAUUAAGAUUACGCUAUGAUAGCUGACAGUUCGAACAGAUUUAAUCGCGAUAAUAAUAGCAACAAUGGUAUAGCUACGCCAUUACGCGAUCGCGGAUCAUGCGUGAUCCCGAUUCAACCGAAUCAUUGCCUUCCUAUACAUCCAGCACCACCGGUUCCAACUCGAGCUCUAUCUAUACCAAAGUCUCGAAAAUCUCGUUCUCCAAUAUUGAAACUCGUGAGGGCUUCGAUUUUAGACGCAGUCAACGUGGAACCUGCCAAAUCAACGACUUUGGAAGCUAACGGCGAUCAGGAGGAAGAGAAUAGCGCUACUUUUUUCCCCGAACGAAGUCAGGAACAGAAAACUUCCUUAGAGGAAACAAACUCGGCGCUGCAAACGAAUCAAAACUCUUGUUCCAUCAAAAUCGUAGAUCGCCUUAAACGGAAGAUCACCGAUGAAAAGUCGAAGGAACGUGGAAAAGAUGCUACGAAAGAUUCGAAGAAAAGAAGAAAAUCUUCUGACGUUAAUUCAGACGGUGGAUUCAAUGAAUUGUUUACAAAUUCUAAAGCUAACAUCGACAAAGAAGGAAAGACGGAGCUUUGUAAUGAUAAAAAGUAUGCAAUGUCGAUCGUGGGAUCAACAACAGAGAUUAAUUUUGGAAAAGAGAAGAUCGUACCACCGCUAAGAUUGAAGAAAGUCAUUCAGGAAGGAAAAGAUGGCGAUCGUGGUAACGCAGAACUACCCUCGAACAGAGAAAAAGAGGCCAAUUAUAGAAUAGUCACGGGUGCUACGCCUCGUCCAGAAGCGCAGUCUAUUCCGACAAUUUGCGAAUAUUGGACCAGAGAAAAUUUCGAUAAUGAUGAUAACUUCGACAUUGCGUUGGCAAGUUCGACCACUCACGAUGUCGUUCGUCGAUCUUCUGUCAAAAGCGACGAUUACAAAUUGAAAUAUAGACGCAAUAGAUUAAAACAAAAGCUCAAAGAAUUACAAGACAAGGCCUUAGAUCUAUCUCAGGAAAUAGCAAAUGCGCCUAAUAUUAUGAAUUCUAGUACGCAACGGAACACAAGACUCAGACAAAUGAUGAACUGCUAUGAGAAGCAAAUAGAAAAUGUUUCAAAGUUACUUAAUAAAUUAUAUAACGAGAAUCCUGUAGCGAACAAGUUUGUCGAUAUUGAUGAAAAUAAGAGAGAACAUCAAUGGGAUGACGAAUUCGUUCAAAAUUUUUCUCCAAUUUCGUCACCAGAACCACCGAAACUGUCCCCACGUUCCCCAAUAAAUCAAAAUAAGUCACCGGAUAGCGUUAGAAAUAGUCCACCUAUAUUGCCCAAAGUUUCUUUAAAUAUUUCAUCGAACCUGGAUAUUCUGGACGAGCACGAUGCAGAGACUGUACAGUUGCCAAACGAAUCCUCCUGGAUCACGUGCGAGAAUAAUACGGUAGAAAUUUCGUCGAUGGUAGAUACCUUUUGUGAAGACACGACAAAUCAAGAAUGGGAGUCUACUAAUAAUACCGAUGGAGAACAUCGAUUGACAACAUCUCCAAUUCUUUCAUCAUCUUCUAUCGAUCCGUGUUCCUCAGAAAAUAUUGAAAAUAGGGAAGUAUUUUUCAAUAAUAUUGGAGAAGUUGUAGAAAAAGAUAAAAUUAAAAUGAUGCAUGGAAAAAAGGAGAUGAUGAAAGAACUCUCUAAGACGAUAGAAGUUGUAUCAACGAAUCACUCAAUUAUCAAAGAAACGACAGAAAUAAGGAAACAUGAGGUACAAGAUGCCAAUAAAGCAAUUCAAAUUAACCAUAUCAAAAGUCCUAUAAUAAGUUCCAUCACUGGAGCCUCCGAGUUACCAUGUAAUAUGAGAUGCGAUCAAGUAGACGCAACUUUGCCAACACCACCGAUAACGAAAACGCAAAUGUCAUCUUCGAUCGAUAUGAUGAACAUCUUGCAAUUAGGAUCGAAUUAUUAUGACUCUACGCUUUUGAAAAAAAAUGCUUUAGAAACUAAUAAAAUGGAAGAUUCUAAAAAAAUCCAAAAGGUACCAUCGGGUACGACAUCAUCAAGGAAGACCAACUAUGACUCGAUAGCUUCGACUUUCAACCAAGUGGAAUAUCCUUUUACGGAUCAACAUUUUCCUGUUCAAAGUAGUAAUGAUAAUCGCAUCAUAACUGAACAAUUUCCUACGCUUGGUAAUUGGGUGGCCAAAAUGUCGAAGAAGCAAGUUUCUAAACAGAAAUCUAAAUUACAAACUAUGGGAAAUUCCAUUAGUACUAUUCCAAUGGAAGAACCAACGCGUACUGCAAAGUUUGAUACGCACAAAGUAUCACUGAAUGAAACGAAUACUGCCGAUGGUAACAAUAUGACAGUAAAUAUUACUCCACAAUGGAAUACGGAAAGAUGGCAGCGUCAACAACAUCAUCAACAACGUCAGCAACAGCAAUUAUUUCAACACGUGUCUGCUAGUGCAACUCCUCUAUCCUUUCCAUCUACUACAACUCUGAAUACAGGAAUUUGCACGCCACUUUCGACAACUCAAUUUUAUCCAAAUAACUAUAACAUUAAUCCAUAUAAUGGAGCAACGUUUGGUUAUCAUUCCACACUGUAUCCUGUUUACAAUGGUUACACAUAUCAUUCCCGUUUACAUCCAGGAACACCUUUGACAAGUUACCAUAUACCUAUGCAAGAUCCUCUUAAUUCACCUUUACGUCCAUUGUCACGUGUUGAUAAGCACAUGCAGAAUUCCUCUUUGCAGAAUUCAAACCGAAAUUUUACUUCUGAUAUUUUAAAAUACUCUGGAUCACUUCCCGCUGCUAGAUCCCAGCCACCAAAUGACUUUAGUUUUGAUCGACUCAGAACAACAUCUACCAACAAUCAUAAUGGCGAAGCAAACUGUCUCUCAUCACUAUUGCUGGCAUCUUCAUCUCUAUCACCAGGGACACAACCAACUUUACCACGUACACCUCUUAGUGGAUAUCCAGCUAGCAAUAAUCAAUAUGGACAUAACAGAAUAAUACCAGAUGUUGUAGCUGCAGCUGCAGCUGCUGCAGUAGUUGCAGCAGCUUCUAUCGGAAGACAACGUGCCUCUUUACCUUCUUACAGCAAAUCUGCAAGCACAGCCAUUAAUGCCGUCAUGGAAGUGGAUCCUGCUCGGCUAACUUCAAACAUCUCCAAUAAUCGUACUCGAGAACAUCUUUUAUCUAAUCAAGGACAAUCCAUUGAUGUUGAAACGAAAGAAUCACAAUGGAACAGUGCUGGAUAUCAUUCUAUACCAAAUUUACUUUUAGAAAGACUACCUUUUGUUAGAACAGAACACGAUUUCUCUGCGACUUCUACACUUUCUAAUAAUAUUCAAAAUUCACCAUCUAUAUCGACAGUUUCUCUUCCACAAAUAUCGAAAAAAGUUUCUAGAAGCAUUGAAAGAAACUGUGAAACGCCACAUCUUGGUAAAGUAAACAGAAGCCCUGAUACAUUGAGUAAUAUUAAAUGUUCCAAUUGUGGUAUAGCUGGAUCAAUGUUCAAAUGUCUUGGAUGUGAGAUAGCUUUUUACUGUAAUGAAAGAUGCCAAGCUCGACAUUGGAAUGUUCAUGUUGAAAAAUGUCCAAAAAAAAUGCCAAAACUGAAAAAAGUAGCAUAAAUUGCAUAUUAAAUAUAUUUUUCCGUAAAUCA